AAGCAGCUGUCUGUCUGCCAGCGCUCGAUAUUUCGGUCAUCCGGUCACACAGUGGCGCAGCAGUUCUGUAACAUAAUCGUCACUUCCGCUGCUGUCGGUCAGGACGGUCGCACGCUGGCGGGAGUUCACCCGGUUAAAGCUUUUUAAACCUAGUUACUGCAAAGCCUCGUCCUAAUUAAGACACCAUGGCCGACAGCGACGAUGAGUACGACCGCAGAAGAAGAGACAAGUUCCGCCGGGAGAGGAGCGACUAUGACCGGUCCCGCGAGAGAGAGGACCGCCGCAGGGAGGACUGGAGUGACCGGCGGCCCUCGGCUAGAGAGUGGGACCGGGGCCGCGAGCGGCGCAGCAGAGGAGAGUAUCGUGACUACGAGAGGGGCAGACGAGAGAGGUUUUCCCCUCCACGUCAUGACAUGAGCCCACAGCAGAAGCGCAUGAGGAGAGACUGGGAUGACCAUGGAGGUGACCCUUACCAUGGUGGCUAUGACCUGGGUUAUGGAGGUGGUGGAGGACCCAGCUACGCCCCUCCUCAGCCGUGGGGUCACCCGGACAUGCACCUGAUGCAGCCGCAUCAUGGCAUCCCCAUCCAGGCCAGGCUGGGAAACAUCCAUGAUAUGGAUCUUGGUCCUCCCCUUCCUGUGAUGAAGACCUUUAAGGAGUUCCUGCUGUCCCUGGACGACUCUGUGGAUGAGACGGAGUCGGUCAAACGCUACAAUGAGUACAAGAUCGAUUUCAGGCGGCAGCAGAUGCAGGACUUCUUCCUGGCCCAUAAAGACGAAGAGUGGUUUCGUUCGAAGUACCACCCGGAUGAGGCUGGGAGGCGUAAAGCAGAAGCCCACAGUGCUCUACAGAACCGGCUGAACGUCUACAUGUAUCUGAUGGACAAUAACUGGUUUGAACCGGUCUCUUUGGACAUAGAGCAUGCUCCGCAAAUCACCAAGAUUUUAGAUGCAGCCGUUAUAAAGAUGGAAGGAGGAAUGGAAAAUGAUCUGCGCAUCCUGGAACAGCCCACCGAGGAAGAGGAGGAGCGAGAGAGACUGUCAUCCGGUGGACCUGGUUCUGAAGCUCUUAAACGGGACGAGCCCAGGCCCGCGGAUGUUGAGCGCAAACCCUCGACUGAAAAAGACAAGGUGGGUGAGGGUGAUGAGGGCACUGAGAAGGAUGCGGCCGCUUCUGCAGGAGGAAGUGAAGGAGAGGAGAAGACCGAGAAAGAAGCACCUGCUGAACCAAUCCCAGAACCCAAGAAGCUAAGCAAGAAGAGAAAGAGGAAGCACAGUGGAGACAGUGAAGACGAAGCCAGUGCAUCUGACAGCGAAUCUGAUUCUGACUCCGACUCGAACUCUCACUGCUCGGAGAAACCCUCAGAAAGAGAGAGAGAACCGGACGAGGGAGAGGAGAAGGAGGAAGAGGAAGAAGAGGAGGGGGAAGCCGCUGAUGUGAAGGAGCGAACGGAGGAGCAGAAGGAAAGGGAGGAGAAGAAACCAAAGGACGAUCAGCCUCCACGACCUCGACCUCUUCACAGGACAUGCUCUCUGUUCAUGAGGAGCAUCGCUCCAACCAUAUCUAAAGCGGAGAUCGUCGCUCUGUGUCGACGUUAUCCAGGAUUUAUGCGUGUUUGUUUGUCAGAACCGCAGCCAGAGCGCAGGUUUUUCAGGCGUUGUUGGGUGACCUUCGACAGAGGUGUGAACAUCAAAGAGAUCUGCUGGAACCUGCAGAACAUCCGGCUGCGGGACUGUGAGCUGGCUCCUGGAGUCAAUCGAGAUCUGGCACGUCGUGUGCGGAACGUAAACGGAAUCACUCAGCACAAGCAGGUUCUGCGUAAUGACAUCAAGCUGGCUGCUAAACUGAUCCAUGCCCUGGAUGACAGGGAGAGGCUGUGGAGCCACAAACCCAGAGAAGAGACACACACCCUGGAGGUAUUCUCACUGCACAGCCUCAGACUGACACCAUUUGAAAUGGUUUUGACUGUGAGAUUUGAUCUAUUAUUUUUCCAAUUUCCUGAACUCCCUGCUCAAAACCCCAUUUUGAAGAACAUCACUGAUUACCUGAUUGAGGAAGUGAGUGCAGAGGAGGAAGAGCUUCUGGGAAGUGCAGGAGGAGCCGACUCUGAGGAGGGAUCCAAAGAGGGAAACCCCACUGAGAUAACUGUGGAGAGAGAUGAAAAACUCGUCAAGGUGUUGGAUCGUCUCCUGUUCUAUCUGCGUAUCGUACACUCUAUUGAUUAUUAUAACACCUGUGAUUACCCGAGCGAGGACGAGAUGCCAAACCGCUGCGGUAUUAUCCAUGUGCGAGGACCCAUCCCCCCCAACCGCAUCACUCACAGAGAGGUGGCUGACUGGCAGAAGAUAUUUGAAGAGAAGCUGGGAGCCUUGUUCAGUGUGAAGGAAUCCCUGUCUGAAGACGAGGCAGCAAAGAUGGGCCGCAAAGAUCCAGAACAGGAAGUGGAAAAGUUUGUGCUGGCCAACACACAGGAACUGGGCAAAGACAAGUGGCUUUGUCCUCUGAGUGGCAAAAAGUUUAAGGGCCCAGAGUUUGUGAGGAAGCACAUUCUAAACAAACACGGCGACAAGAUCGAGGAAGUAAAGAAAGAGGUCGUCUUUUUCAACAACUUCCUGAUGGAUGCAAAAAGACCCUCCAUCCCAGAGAUGAAGCCUCCUCCUCCUCCAGGCCCAGGACAGGGGGUGCUUUCGCCGGGAGGUCUUCCAUUCCCACCUCAGGGUCCUCAAGGUCUCAUGGGUUUUGGCCAGCCCAGACCUCCAGUGAUGGGUUAUGGAGGUGGUCCUCCUUACCCACCCAACCAGUAUGGUGGAGGCGGCAGGGGCAACUACGACAACUUCCGUGGACAAGGAGGUUACCCUGGAAAACCUAGAAACAACCGAAUGAUGCGUGGGGAUCCUCGCAAUAUCAUUGAAUACCGUGACUUAGACGCUCCCGAUGAUGUGGACUUCUUUUAGAGCUCCAGUUUUAUUCUCUCCAUUUUAAUCUUUUUUUUUUUUUUUUUUUUUUUUACCAUUCUCAGCAUUUUCUUUUUUGCAUUCAUUCCAGAAGCUGCCUCCUCUGGUUCGCUCAUAUGUAUUACAGUAGCGCUCCACCUGAAGCAUGUCCUUUGUGUUGAACCUCAUUGCAUACUCAGUGUUAUAGAUAUGGAGCUUGUGCUUGUGGGCUUUUUUCUUCCAAUAAAACUUUGAUUUGGA